AUGAUGUUCAAGUCGAACCUCUUGGCUGCUAUCCUGGGAGCCUCCAUGGUCAACGCCCACAUGAUCAUGAGCACCCCUACCCCCUACGGCAUGGACAGUCUCAACAACUCGCCGCUGGCGGCAGAUGGAAGUGACUUCCCUUGCAAGCAGCGUGACGGUGUCUACGAUGCCCCCUCCUCCGAGACCAUCAUCGGAAUCGGCGAGUCUCACGCUCUGGCCUUCGAAGGCAGCGCCACCCACGGCGGCGGUUCCUGUCAGAUUAGUUUGACCGAAGAUCUCAAGCCAUCCAAGUCCUCGACAUGGAAGGUGAUCAAGUCUUUCGAGGGCGGCUGCCCCGCCAAUGUCGAAGGCAACUUGGCCGCCGGCUCCGUCGACCAGUCCCAAUUCAACUUCACCAUCCCCGACGGCAUCUCUGCUGGCAAGUACACCCUGGCUUGGACUUGGUUCAACCGCAUUGGAAACCGUGAAAUGUACAUGAACUGCGCCCCAAUCACUGUCAGCGGAGGCUCAUCCAAGCGCUCUCCCGAGGAACUUGAGAAGCGCGCCGCCAGCUUCCCGCCCAUGUUUGUCGCCAACGUCAACGGCUGCACCACCAAGGAGGGUGUGGAUAUCCGCUUCCCCCAGCCCGGUGAUGAUGUCGAGUAUGACGGCGAAGCUACCAACCUUGCCCCUGAAGGCUCUGAGGCUUGCACCGGCACUGCCAGCUUCGGCGGCUCCGCUGACGCCUCCUCUGGCUCCAGUUCCAGCUCCUCUGGUUCUAGCUCCGGCUCCAGCUCCGGCUCCGGAUCAUCUGGUUCUGGUGCCUCUGCUGCUUCUUCUGCUGCUCCCUCCGUCGCUCCCCCAUCCACCUUGGCGCCAGUCCCAGUCGCAACCGCCUCGAGCCAGGCCAACGUCGCCGGGCAAGUUGCUUCCGCAUCUGUUGCUCCUGCUCCGGUCGCUUCUUCCUCUCCCAGCUCUGGUUCCGACUACGGUUCCGACUACGGUUCCGACUCCGGUUCUGAUUCUGGUUCCAAUUCUGGUUCUGACUCUGGUUCCAGCUCCGGUUCGGGUACUCUGUCGGGUGCCUGCAGCACCGAGGGCGAGUGGAACUGCGUCAGUGGUACCUCUUUCCAGCGCUGUGCUGGCGGUACCUGGUCCGCCUCUCAGCAGAUGGCAUCCGGCACUCAAUGUGGCGCUGGUCAGAGCCGCGAGCUCACCGUGUCGGCCACCAAGAAGGCCCGCCACAUCUCCAGCAUGCGCUUCCGUAAGCGCAACAUUGGCCCCCACCAUGCUUGA